AUGGUGUUUGAAAAAGUAAUAGUGAGGGUGAUAUCAGGAUAUGCUCCGCAACAAAGUAGGAAGGAAGAGGAGAAGGAUAGGUUUUAUGAUGAUGUUUCUGACGAGAUUGGGCAAGCGGGGUUGAAUGAGUUUGUGGUGUUGUUGGGUGAUUUGAAUGGUCAUGUGGGGGCGGAUGCAGACGGAUAUGAAGGUGUACAUGGGGGAUGGGGAUAUGGUAUACGGAAUGAGGAAGGGCGUAGAGUGUUGGAGUUAGCGGAUGCACACAGCAUGGUGGUGGGGAACACUUGGUUCACAAGGGAACCAGCGCGAUUGAUUACUUAUAGGUCAGGGGAACAUAGAUCGAUGAUCGACUAUAUAUUGGUAAGGGCCAAACAUAGGAAGUAUGUGAAGAAUGUGAAGGCGAUACCUGGUAUGUUGCAGCAUAGUAUGGUUGUAAUGGAUGCGACAUCAAAAGAAAUGGGGAGGAGGAAGAAGGAUAAACACACCUCUCUCUUCUAUAUCUACAAAACUCGCCUCAAAUUAAUCCAGACCAGCAUUAAAACAACAGGUCCUAAAAAUUGGACAGAACUUGUACCUCCCCAUCUAAGAGCCAUCAUAAACCUACAACAUUUCAAGUCAUAA